GUGUACAUGCGCAGUCUGUUGAGUUUGGCGCGCGGGACUUCAGGAUUGUGCACACGUUUGCUUGUUGCUGUUGCUCCACUGAAAGUUUGAGUCGACCAUCAAAGAUUUUUAUCCCGUAUUACAGCUUUUAGUUACAUCACGAGCAAGAUGUGGAACCAAGGAGGCUACACAGACACUACCAUGGGUGGGGGCUACACUCAGUCUCCAGGAGGCUUUGCGUCACCCUCUUUGUCCCAGGGAGGAGAGAAGAAAGGGAGGACCCGUGCCACACAGAUCAUCCCGUGUACUGUGUCUCAGCUAAUGUCUGCCUCUCAAGCUGAUGAAGCCUUUAAAGUGGGGGAUGUUGAAGUAGCACAGGUUACCAUCGUGGGCAUCAUUAGAAGCACAGAUAAGUCUAUGACCAACAUCCAAUAUAAAGUUGAUGACAUGACAGGUGCACCUAUGGAUGUGAAACAAUGGGUGGACACAGAGGAUCCCAGUGUGGACAACACAGUACUGCCACCAGGCACAUAUGUCAAAGUCUCUGGAAAUCUGCGCUCAUUUCAGAACCACAGAUCUGUUGUAGCAUUCAGUGUCAGACCCCUGGAGGACAUGAAUGAGAUUACGUCACACAUGCUGGAGGUUGUCCACGCUCACAUGGCACUCUGCAAACCUCAGUCUAUGACUAGUGCAGGGGGAAUGAAUAGCAGCAUGGCAUCCAUGUCUCGAACAAGCAUGGGGAACAUGGGAAGUAUGGGAGGAAUGGGUGGAGGUGGAGGCUAUCCAGGAGCAAACAACAUGGUCAACAAUGGGUUAAGUGCAAGUCAGAAUCAGGUGUUAAGUUUGAUAAGAAGCUGUCCAGAUCAACAAGGCAUCAGUAUUCAAGACAUUAAACAGCGACUCAGUGGCAUGAGCAUCAAUAUCAUUAAGCAAGCGGUAGAAUUCCUGAGCAACGAGGGACACAUUUUUUCCACCAUUGACGAAGACCACUAUAAAUCAACAGAUAAUGAUGAAUAGACCUGAUUUUAAAGCUUGUGUGUACUCACUUGCACUAAAGGUCAUGAAGAGGAAUUUCUGGGUUUUCAGCUCACACAUCCUGUAUUAAUGGCUGCUUCUGCUAUUUUAUGAUUCCCCCAAAGGGUGCAAAGCAUUGACUUUUAACUUGUUCCUUGAACAUAAAGCAGUUAAUAAUUUUACCAUGAUGAACAGUAAGUACUAGUGUUUAUCUUUAGGAAAUGACCUUUUGUCAAAAUAAAAUGUAUAAAUCUGUUUCUAGAAAAAGUUGGUACAUUUAAACAAAUACUAAUAAAAGUACAUGUAUGGUGUCACUA